GGUGAUCCGCCGGGUCAGGGACGUAAACGCGAAACCGACCCGUUUAUCCAGCGGGAGGCGGAUGGCAAGGAGUGGAAACCAAGGUGGAAGGGCGACCGAUGCUCCUCCGCUCGGCGAUAGAGAGGCUUAUCCGUUGCCCUCGGAUCCCCGACCCCAGGCGGCCUUUAUCGUCAUCCAUCAUCGACUCUGUCACCACGAGUAUCCAUCCCUUCCCGGACUAUUCCCCCAAGAAGUCCUCCAUCAGGGACUCCGAGUUCGUCCACCGCGUCACCACCGCCCUCAAGCAGCGCCGUUCAGAGCCCCUCCGCAGUGUCCUCAGCCCCUUCGCCUCUCUCUUCCGCUCCGACCACCUCAUCUGGGUCCUCCCCCACCUCCGCUCGGACCUCGCCCUCGUCGUCGCCCUCCUCCGCUGGUACCGCUCCCACAAGAACCCUAUUCCCACGGAAGCCCAGGCCAUCGCCGCCCACAUCGCCGUCGCCUCGGGCCACCGUGGGACCGCGCGCAACCUCCUUUCUGAAGGCCUCGCCUCUCACAAGCAUUUCGUCGAGCAGGUCGUCUACACAUACAAGUACUGGUGCUCCGACCCCUCCGUCUUCGACCUGCUUUUCUGGGUGGCCCUCAAAAGCGAUAGGAUCGAUGAGGCCCACAACCUCUUCUCCUAUCUGGUCAGUUACGGUAUUGUCGUCUCGGUCGACGUUUGCAAUGCCCUCCUUGCCCGCCUCCCGGUUGAUGAAAUGCUGGGUGUUUUUGUACAAUUCCCUGUAUCGGGUGUUCGGUGGAAUGUCAAGUCGUAUAAUAUCAUAAUUCACGGGCUUUGUAGCAUAGGGAAAGUCGGGGAGGCUCACAGAAUCCUCCUGGAGAUGGAAGCGAAGGCGACUGUCUCGCCAGACGUUGUAAGUUACAGCACCCUCAUUGAUGGGUACUGCUGUGUUGGGGAAUCGCAGAAGGCAAUGGAGUUGUUUGAUGAUAUGAGUACAAAGGGACUGAAACCAAACUCUUUCACCUAUAACAGUAUCAUCACUCUCCUGUGUAAGAAUGGGAAAGUCGUGGAGGCAGAGAGGGUACUUCUAGGAAUGGUGAAUCAUGGAGUAGCUCCUGACGCAGUGGUAUAUACUACUAUGAUUAAUGGCUUUGGCAAAAAUGGUAAUUUGCCUGCUGUGUAUCGGCUAGUUGGUGAGAUGAAGAAAAGUGGACUAGUUCCUGAUGCUGUGACUUAUACUGUUCUGAUUUAUGGGCUUAGCCGGAGUGGAAAGAUGGCUGAAGCUGAUCAAGUUUUUCAGGAAAUGCUCCACAAGGGGUUGAGUCCAGAUGAAGUCACUUACACUUCACUUAUAGAUGGAUUCUGCAAGAAAGGAAAAAUGAAGGAUGCCUUCCAUCUCCAUAAUGAGAUGUUGCAGAUGGGUUUGAUUCCGAAUGUUGUGACUUACACCGCUCUGUCUGAUGGCCUCUGUAAACAGGGGGAGGUGGAGGCUGCAAAUGAGCUUUUGCAUGAGAUGUGUGCAAUGGGGCUAGAGUUGAAUUUGUGUACCUACAACUCACUAAUAAACGGUCUUUGUAAAUCUGAUAAUAUUGAUCAGGCAGUGAGGACCAUGGUGGACAUGGAGGCAGCAGGAAUUAGUCCGGAUACAUAUUCUUAUACUACUUUGAUGGAUGCUUAUUGUAAGGCCGGUGAGAUGGAUCGGGCCCACAGCCUCCUUCGGGAAAUGCUCGAUAAAGGUAUCCAACCAAGUGUUGUGACUUUUAAUGUUUUAAUGAAUGGGUUCUGUGCAUCGGGGAUGCUAGAAGAUGGAAAGAGGCUUCUGGGAUGGAUGGUGGAGAAGAAUAUUCUGCCAAACACGACAACCUAUAAUUCUCUCAUGAAGCAGUACUGCACUGACAAGAAUAUGAAAGCUACAACAGAAAUAUAUAGAGAAAUGUGCACUCAAGGGGUGAUGCCUGAUGAGAACACUUACAAUAUUUUGAUCAGGGGACAUUGCAGGGCAAGAAACAUGAAGGAGGCAUGUUAUUUUCAUAGCGAGAUGGUCAAGAGGGGAUUUCAUCUUAGAGAUAGUUCAUAUAAUGCUCUUAUCAAAGGACUUGUCAGGAAGAAGAGGUUGCUGGAAGCAAGGAAAUUGUUUGAAGAGAUGAGGGUGGCGGGUUUGGUUGCUGACAGGGAGAUAUACAAUAUCUUUAUUGAUCUGAACUAUGGUGAGGGAAAUAUGGAGCUGACACUUGAACUCUGUGAUGAAGCAGUAGAGAAAUGGCUGGUUGAAUCUAAAACUAAUGAAACUUCAAACCAUGGAUUAUAAUUUCUUGUGAUGAAAGGAGAAUUCUAAUGGCGGUGGAUCUUAAUGGGAAAGGAUCGCUAGAAUCUCAUCACAUCAUCAAAAUUUACAUUUGAAUGGAGAGUGCAUAUCUGGGAACUAGUCACCAUUCUAUUCUAGUUGCAUCCACUUGACCUUUGUGCUAUCUUAGUGGAUGACAGGGUUCUUGGACGCAACUUUUUCUUUUCUCACUUAAAUUCAUGAUUCCUGCAGACUUGGAACAUGUCACUUGUCAACAUCUACGACCUCUAGACCAGAUUCACACUUACUAUGGAGUUCUGCUGCCCCUUGCUCUGAUGUUUCUUAGAGUUGGUGGAACAUACAUUUUCAUUUAAGAUCUCUUGCUACUCUUAAGUCUUUGUGCGGUGAUCAGCAUUCAAAAGAUUAUACUUUAACAUCUGCUAGUCUUGGUUUUUCACUUGCCUACAAUCAGGCUCCCUGAUAAUGCAGCUGUCAUGAGCAUGGUGGGGCACAUUCCGGUCCGAUAGAAACAGCCACUUGGAUAACAUCCUCAUGCAUUUCUGGAGUAGUGAAUUUGUCCAUAUAGAUCGCAACAUAUCACAGAUGUUUAGACAGAGGAGGUAGAAGAUUCCUGCAAAGUCGCUUUAGCUUUGGCUAAACAGGAGAUACCUUCAGGUCUUGUGACGCAAUUAUGAGCGUUCUGAAGAAUAAUGUUGUGGCGGGUAUUUUUGUGGGACCUUUCAGUGGAGUGGACUUUGAAGGGUGUGACCAGGGGGAUAGUAGAAAUUAAUGAUCUGUGAAUUUUUUUAAUUUACAACUUUUAAAUUUUGAAAUAAGAACUCUUCUUUGUAGAAAUCAGUAAUCGCUACAUAUAGAAACAAGAUAAUUACUUGUCCAAAUGAAAAGCUUGUUCGGAUCGGAAUUUAUUGUUUCUAGCCAA